UUCAUCUCUUCUCAAUAGAGAAUCUCUGAGGAUACGGUCAACAUUGGACGUGACUGUCAGCUUUCUGGACCCUUUUCACGAAUAAUUUGAGUCUUUUAGACAUAAAAGACUCACAUUUCAACGAGAGUCACGUCCGUGAAGGCGGUACAGUCAUGUCGGAACACGACAGUAACCCGUUCACGGAACCGGAGCUCAGCAAUCCGUUUCAGGAUCCUUCCGUGGCACUGGCAAGACAGACGUCGACAGCGAUGGCUGCGGGAUUAGAAGAGUACAACCCCUUCACAGACUCCAAACUAACGGCGAUGACCAGCAAGCCCCUCUUGGUGGCGCCUGGCGUCCCGACGCAGCCCGCCGUCAUGAAGCCCACCGAGGAGCCUCCGGUCUACUCGCAACCUCAGGCGCAGGAGACAACAGGGGGCGCCAGCGAGCUGCUGAAGAGGCAAGAAGAGCUGGAAAGGAAAGCGGCCGAGCUGGACCGGAGAGAGAGGGAGAUGCAGUCGCUCAACGUUUCUGGAGGCAGGAGAAACAACUGGCCCCCGCUCCCGGAGAAGUUCCCGGUGGGCCCGUGUUUCUAUCACGACAUUACGGUGGACAUUCCCGUGGAGUACCAGAAGACGGUCAAGCUCAUGUACUACCUCUGGAUGUUCCACACGGGGACGCUGCUGGCCAACCUGGUCGGCGCUCUUGCUUGGUUCGGCGUGGACCCGUCUCACGGCGUGGACUUCGGUCUAGCCAUCCUGUGGUUCCUGCUCUUCACGCCGUGCUCCUUCGUGUGCUGGUACAGGCCCGUCUACGGGGCCUUCAAGAGUGACAGCUCCUUCCGCUUCUUCCUGUUCUUCUUCGUGUACAUAUGCCAGCUGGGCGUCUACGUGCUGCAGAGCGUCGGCAUCGCCGGAUGGGGAGCCUGCGGCUGGAUCUCGGCCCUGAUGUGCCUGAACACCAACGUGGCCGCGGGCGUGUUGAUGAUCAUGGUGGCGGCGCUGUUCACCUCGCUGGCCGUCAUGUCUCUCAUCAUGUUUAAGAAGGUGCACACUUUGUACCGCACCACCGGCGCCAGCUUCCAGAAGGCCCAACAGGAGCUGGCCACCGGCGUCAUGUCCAAUAAGACGGUGCAGGCGGCCGCCGCUAACGCCACCUCCAAUGCGGCCCGAGGAGCCUUCAAGGAGCACAUCUGAGCGGCGGCUUCAGACCACGCAUGCGCCCUGAAGGUUUUGGUCUCUCAGCACCCCUCUUCUUUCAAUUUUCCUACCUUCUGCCUCGCCUCCUUUAAAAAAAAGGAAGAAAAAAAAGAGCUCAUGAGAGUAUUAGGGCCACACUGGAAGGAAACAAUUGCUUUUUUUUUUUUUCUUGUCUUUUGCUGUCCCUAAGACUGCUAAAUGAAGAAAUCGCUAACAUCCAAACCGAAUGCAAAGUGAAUCGCCACUGCCCCCUACUGGCGUUCCUGUGAAUAGCAUUCCAUUUGCGUUUUAGUCCAUCACAAAGCCUGCUCUCAUUUUGCUCGUUUUUCCAUUUAAAAAAACUAAAAUAGCAAAGCCACAAUUGGAUUAACAUUAUAAAAAGAACUACAUUUAGUUACAUAAUAGUGGAUUUCCUUUUUUAUCUUGUUUUUUUCCACUGUAUUUCCUUCAUACAAUGCAACUUUAUUUAUGGCACGCAUUUCACAGCAACUGCAGUAAGCGCUUUCCACUCAACACAAUGGCACAACCUCCAAGUCGUUGAAAACAGAAAAUUAAAACAGCUGUCACGCCAUCUUGCACUUUACCUCACUUCCACUCAGGAUGGCCCACGGUCAUUCUCAUCAUCAUUAUUAUGAUCAUUUUUAUGAUUAUUGACGUACAUUUUACCACAUUGACAAAUGACUAGCUAAAUGCGAGCGCACUUGCCUUAUACACUACUUACGAAAAAGCCAUCGAGUCUUGAAAUUUCACUUUAAUCGGAAUGUAAUUACUAACAUCUUGAAUCGUUUUGAAUUUGUUUUUUGUUGAAAUCUUGUUUAUUUCAAGGUGUGAAAGAUGUUCGGAACACUGACAAUCGAAAUGUGUGUGUGUGUGUGGGGGGGGGGGGGGGGGGUUAGAAGAUUGUGCUGUUCUAGGUUUGCAUGAUGACAUGAUGGUAAUGUCUGUAUAUUUAUUGUUUCUAGAUUAAAUAAAAUUAUUUUUAAAAAUCA